CCUCUCUGUGCUGUCGCAGCCGGGAUGGAUAUAGAUGGCGCGAUGAUGUCGGUCGGUGAGUUCGGGAGAUACCAGAAGCGGUUGACAGUCACUUUUGUUCUUCUACAGGUAUAUGUGGCCUGCCAGUCGAUGCUGAUUGUUCUCGUUGGAGCCCAGCCUGAGUACAGUGUAAACACACAGGAAGUAAUCAGCACACAUGAAGAGCUCAUCAAACAUGUAAUAUUUGAGGAAGAUAUCACCUCCAUUGCAACUGAGUGGUACUUAAUCAGGCAGGAAGCGUACAAAGUGAACUUGGCUGGAUCCUUGUUCUUCGUUGGACUACUCAUCGGUAACAUUUUGUUUGGGCCCUUGUCUGACCGGUUUGGCAGGAAACCAAUCUUUCUCACAGGCUUGUUCCUUGAUGUGGUCUUUGGAUUUAUUACAGCAGUUGCUCCGAACUAUGAAAUUUUCGCAGUUACACGACUUCUUGUUGGGCUUGUGAAUGGUGGAAUGUCACUAGUCGCUUUUGUACUGACACAGGAAUUUGUGGGAAAAUCCUACUGGGCCUUGACAGGAUCGCUCACCAAUUUAGUGUUUGCAAUUGGAAUUGCUGCUUUCUCUGUUAUUGGCUAUUAUAUCAGGGAUUGGCGUACCCUUGCUGCUGUAGCCAAUUGUCCUGGAGUGCUGUUUUUCCUUCUUUUCAUCCCAAUUCCAGAAUCACCGAGGUGGUUAUAUUCACAUGGAAAGACUGAGGAAGCAGAGGAAGUGCUACAAUAUAUUGCACAAAGGAAUGGGAAUGAGAAAAUCUUUGUGCAAUUAAAACCCUGUGCCGGAACAUUGAAGACUGGUCACUCGGCGCAUGGAAUGAUGGACCUGGUGAGGUAUCCUGCCUUACGCUGGAGAACUGCCAUUUUGAUGUAUGUGUGGUAUGUUUGUAGUCUUGUUUAUUAUGGCUUAACUUUGAAUGCGGGGGAUUUGAAAGGCAAUCGCUACCUGAACAUUGCUUUGUACGGCCUUGUGGAAGUGCCAGCAUUCCCCCUAUGCCUCUAUUUCAUUGAUAAAUCAUGGUCAGGAAGACGCAAGACAAUGACAGCAUUCCUGUUAUUUGCAGGGGUUGCCUGCAUAAGCACCAUGUUCUUGCCUAGGCAUUUAGCAGGCCUUGACAUGGGAUUCUUGCUGAAUGUCACUUCAUUAGCACUGUGUGGAAAGUUAGCCGUCAGUGCUGCCUUUAAUAUUGUCUAUGUCUUUACUGCAGAACUUUACCCAACUGUGAUCAGGAAUGCUGGAUUGGGAAUCUGCUCAAUGUCAUGCAGAGUUGGUGGGAUUCUGGCGCCAUUUGUUCCUUCGCUGAAGUCAUUGAAUCCAUCAAUGCCAUUCAUAGUGUUUGGGAUUGCUGGGAUGUCAGGAGGUUUGCUGGGUCUCCUGCUUCCAGAAACAUUAAAUAAACCAAUUGCAGAGUCCAUAGAGGAUCUUCACACUCCAGCCUACCAGAACCUUGAAGACAAAAGGAAAAAAGGGGUUGAAUCUCAGGGCAUCACUCAGUCACGAAGAUCAGAGGCUUAGCAAAACCGAACCCAUACUGGAAGGAUAAUCCACUUGGUGUAAAAAAAGUGCUCUCAUUUGAGGACUGAGACUUUCAAAGAGGAAUUUUACAAGACUCUGGAAGAGGUUAUAUAAACUGUUCAGAGACUUUGAACUGGUACAUUUUAAAUGAGUUGGAUCAUCAAGAUGACAACGUGCCAAGUGAUCAAGGAAAGACAUAUUUAAGCUGAAGAAAUACCUCAGUUAUUUACUUCUCAACAUCAAUUCUCAGGAACUGAGAAUUGCUAUUGUUUACAUUUCUACUUCUGCAGUUUCGCAAAUAUUUGAUUCAAGUACAAAAUUGAUGCAUUGUCUGGGGAAUAUGAUCACUUACAAAAGAUUUUGAUAUUAGAAUUUAUUCACAAGCCUUCAUUUGCAUAAGACUUUUGGAGUUAAAUUAUGAGCCUUAACAUGAAAUGUAACUUUGAAACCUGGGAAGCUUUAAGCUCCAAUUUCUUUUUAAUGUAACUUACGUAAUAAUGGAGAGCCCUAAAGUGAUUUAUAUGUAUUUGACAUACGUUCAUACAUCCGUACAUUCAUUUUUUUUCUAUGUUGACACCUGUCACUUCUAAAAGGACCACUCUUUAAGAAUCUGCACUUUUCCAUUUAUUCUGAAAUACUACAGUUUUGCGCUUCUAUAUUAAGGAGUCCUACCAUGCUACAGCUUUGUAGUUCAUAGAAAAAUGUCUCUUGUUAGACUAACUUAAUUGUAGGUGCAAUAUCUGUGUUGGCAUUUUAUCACUCCUUUACUUUUGGAAUCUCAAGAAUUGUCCCUUCAAGCAGGCUGGAUUGUGACGUCAAAUUCUGAUGCCUUUUUGUUCCAGGAUUCACAAGAAAACUAAAGAUAAAUCUUUAAACAUUUAAUUUUUGAUAGUUCAGAUGAAAUAUUCAAGUAUAAUUUAUCUCUCAACUCAUCCGUAUUGGAUGACUGUUUGAUAGCUUUCCAUGUGGGUCCAUUUAGGUUUGAUUUAUAUUUUAGUAAUAUUGCUAAUGGUUCUCAUUUAAUUUGCAAUAUUUAUCAUUGAAAUGUGUGUUGCAUUUAUUCUGCAGCAUGUAACUGCACUUGAAUGACACCACCUAUUAAGAGGAUGCUAAUUGACUUCAGUGUUGCCUGUGACUUGUCCAAAGACAUUUUGAUUCCUCUGCUCCAAUUCCACUUGGCAGGUAGACAGAAUGUAGGAUUGGUCUAUCAGUCAUGUAUAGAACACUUCAGAGAGAAAGGAAAGCUAUUCUGUUCGUGCACGUUUUGCCCAUGAUCCAUUUCGGUUUCCAUUUGGAGAUGUGCUGAGACGUAAUGACUAAACUGCCCCAUAUUCCAACACUGUCGCAUACAACCAGUGAUCUGGCUCCCUUCCUCUGUGUGUGAACCAGUACUGAAACGUGAAUUGAGAAGUAACCCAGUCUCUGACUGUGGUAGACUAAUCCACUGACCCAACUUCCCACUCCGGCAGCUUGACCCCGAUAGUCUGCAGCUUGACCAUCCAGUUGGUUUGAAUGGAAGUCAAGGAUUUCUGCUCCAUUGCUGAAGAGGCCUGGUGCUCUCAUGUUAGUCUUUGUCAGAUGUCUGUAAAUAUUUCAAAGGGCCAUUAGCUUGUUCAAAAUAGUAUUUAGUGAGUUCAUGCAAAUAAAUUGAGUGCUUUGCAUUUUAUAAAGGCUUAAUCAAAAGAGAAUUAUUUAAACAAAAACUGUUACUUUAUAAAAUUAACCCUACCCAAGUUCCGUGGAUGAAUUUGAUUGUCUGGACUGUAAUUGCCUUGUCAAUGAUGAGAGUUCAUAGUUAUGGAUGUAGCUUUCAUUUUGUACCGUCUAUUGACAUGGAUGCAAGUCUACUUGUUACUGAAAGCCACGUUAUUCAAUUUCACUGAUAACACAGCAUCUUUGCAUAAAGUUCCUUGCUUGUUGGUCCUUUUUAUUGCAUAAUGCCAUUUUAAAAAUAAGACUUAUCCUCCUUGUUUUUAAGGCAAAUGGAAGACUAAGUUCACAGGAGCAGAUACUGUGGAAUUUCUGUAGCAAGAACCUUUCUUGCCCAUCAGACAGUUUUGUUAAUAAAAAGUUACAACUACCUUGAAAACAGAGAAAGUUGAAGCAAAAGUGAAGAGUUAAGGUUUAAAAAAAUGUGGAAGGAUGUUCAGGAGAGUGAGAUUGGAACAUGUCAGUCUGAGCUAAUAUCGCUGAUCCCUGUUGGUAAUAUUACUGGUGGGGAAGUUAUCCAUGAUUACUGAAGUUGACUGGAGUCACGGGAUUCCAAUUAGAAAGGGCACAAGUGGGCUGUGGACAUGGACAGGAAUCAGGCUUGGCUAUCACACCUUCUGGGACAGCUAGCCAGUGCUCAACUUGUGAGGAAUACUUCCUUGAGAUCUCAUUGUGUAGCAAGCUGGGAGGCUGCUAGACUUGAUAAAAUUUCAGCCCUAGAGUGAGUCCCUUCUGGGAAAGAACUUGGUGUUAAAAACAAAGCAGUAAAUGAAAUUUGAGAUGUCAAGUUUGGUAUAUGUGGGACAAUUCAAGUCGGAGAUGAUAAGUUUGCUGACAGUGUUUUCUUAAUUAAAUGUAAUAUUUUACAUAUCUACUUCAAUAGUUUAAAGUAGAUAUUGCCAUAAUAGGAAAUUUAUCACUGUCAAUUAUGUUUGCUUCAGUAUCUGUGUGGUGCUGAAAAAGAAACAAAACCCUAAGCCCAUGGAAGCAGGAUAUUUCCAAGAACCUGUUGCAGCUUUUAAGUUAGAACAUAUGAAGAAUGUCCAUUGAGCAAAGAGCAUUUCACGCCAUCAGUGGUUGACCAUUUCACUCUGAUGUGCAGCUAUGUGGAAACAGUAACUCAGUGUGUAUACCCUACUGGGCCUUGUCCCUAAAACGUAGGUUGUUGAUCUGUGUACCUUGACUGGUGUCUGUGUGCUGGUGAAAGAGAGACAUUCGCCAAACUAGCCAUCAGAUAUCCUUACACGUCCCCCCCCAACCAGAGCUUACCUUGUAUAGGGGAUUUUUAACUAGCUGCUUGCAUAUAAAACUGGCAUUGUGGAGGAACCACCACUAAUGUACCUGCCCUUCAUUGUCAAGCUGAAAAUCUCACUCUGUCACUAACAAGUUAAAUGAUGAGUUUUGUGUAUUUCUGUUUCAAAAUUAUUAUGCUGUUGUUUGACCAGUUGUCUCAAAUGUGGCAUCUUCAUGAAUCAAUUUUGAGAGCUUGUUGACAGUUGACCAGAAUGCAUUGUACCUUAUUUUUACAUGGGGAAAGCCUGCCUCAUGUGUAACUGUACCAUGAAAUGUGACAUCAAAUAGAAUAAAAA